AAUCAAAGUACACUCAAAUUACAGUGCGUACACAGUACACACAGUGGACAGAGGUGAGAGUGAGUGGACUAUUUGGAUAUCGCUGUGUAUUCUGGGUACAGACAGUAAUUCCACGAUGGCGGCGAGCAGGAGGCUGCACAAGGAACUUGAUGAAAUCCGCAAGUCUGGAAUGAAAAAUUUCCGUAACAUUCAAGUGGAUGAAACAAAUAUUUUGACUUGGCAAGGCCUCAUUGUUCCAGACAACCCUCCAUACGAUAAAGGUGCGUUCAGGAUCGAGAUAAUCUUCCCUGCGGAGUACCCCUUCAAGCCCCCCAAGAUCACGUUCAAGACGAAGAUCUACCACCCCAACAUCGACGAGAAGGGACAGGUGUGUCUGCCUGUGAUCAGCGCAGAGAAUUGGAAACCAGCCACUAAAACUGACCAAGUGAUCCAGUCCCUGAUCGCGCUGGUCAACGACCCCCAGCCAGAGCAUCCUCUCAGGGCAGACCUAGCAGAGGAAUACUCUAAGGACCGUAAAAAAUUCUUUAAGAACGCAGAAGAGUUUACAAAGAAACAUGGAGAAAAACGACCUAUGGACUGAGAACGCAAACGUGUGACUCCCUCUUCCCUUUCUUCCCUCCCCCGGGACCCUCUCUCAACUCCUCUCUCUCCCCCCUUCCAAGACCACCUAUACCCCCUUUGUUCUUACCCCAUCUCCUGAAAAUGGCCCUCACACACGUACACAUCCUUCUAGCCCCCCUCCUCCUCCUGGGGUGGUAUAUCUCGGCUCCACUUUGCCCUGGCAACAGGACUUUGUCGUGAAUCAGGCUCGUCGGUCACCUCUGGGUGUUAGCUUGUGGCUGUUACUAACUUUCUACUGAUUUCUUAAAUUAAAUUAUAAAAGUGCCGGAUUUGGGCCAGAGAGAGCAACCUGUAACAGGGAGAGGAAACAAAUAUGUGGAUAAAAUGUUGUUCUGCUCAUGAUUUGUUCACAGAAGUGUAUUGAUUGCUGGAGCAGACCUGUAUAAAGAUUGUUGACUGUUUUGAAAGCUAUUUGCUAAAUGCUCAACUUGUGGUCUGUUUGCUAACCCUUUUCCUCUCACUCCUUCCCCUCACUAAAAUAUGUAACAUAAAAAAAACAACCCCAAAAGCAACUAAAUGAUAAACAUUUAAAGCAUCCAGGUUCAGGAGGUGUGUGACAAAAUGUUUAUUUUAUAUUUCUUUUUAUUGUUUUGCUUAAGUUGCACUUUGCUCUGUGGAACUAGCUUUUAAGUUCACCAUAAAACUUCAGUUUGUCACCAAUACGAUGUUCCAGAUGUUAUAAAAAGGAGAAGAAAAAAAUGUGUGUGAACCUUAAUUGAGAAAUUAUCAUGAAAUGUUUUGUAAAGCAGAUAUAUGACACUUCCUGUAAAGGUCUGACCAUGUGACAGGAAGUACCCCUCUUUACACCUUUGCCCACUUGCCUUUUCCAAGAAGGGAAUUGGACUAUCACAUCUUGUUCCCAUGGAAACUGCUUAUCAUUCUUCCUCUGUGACUGGGGGGAUGGCAAAACGUUUUCUGGGUAUUGAAGUGAUCAGCCCUAGAAAGGCACUGCACAAAUUCACUAAUCUUGUACACAUAUUUGUCAUACAAAGUGAUUUGUGAAUCAGAUGAUUAAAUUGCAGAAGUUUAGUCAUUUA